GUCUCUUGGAGUCGUCUUUAUUGCCGCGAAAUGUGUCUGAUUGACUUGUCUGACACCAUACAAUCCGCACAAGCGCCUCAGAACCUAAUGCGAGCAUUUUGGUGCCCUGGAUCGAACUUGUCCAAUGCUCUUGCCAUGCAGAGCAACAGUUGAUUCGACGUCGCUCUUCGUCACUGAGAGAGCGAGGCCCUCGUGAAGCGCUCGCCACUGCCCGCCAUCGCCAAGAUGUCCUUCUCUUCGUCUAGUCCUUCAUCGGCUGACACUGAAGCUGCUUAUCGUCGGCCAUCACAUCGAAAGGACUUCGAGAUUGCGAUCAUCUGUGCUUUACCGCUCGAGUAUGAUGCUGCCACGCUUCUGGUUGACGAGUUCUGGGACGAGGAUGGUAGGCAGUACGGACGAACCUCUGGGGACGCCAACACGUACCGCAACGGGCGGAUUGGCAUGCACAACGUCGUCCUCAUGCUUCUACCAAACAUGGGCAAAGCUGCAGUUGCUGGCUCGGCAGCUAGCCUGAGGACCAGCUAUUCGAGCCUGAAAGUCGCCUUUCUCGUUGGGGUCUGCGGCGGAGUUCCAUUCAUCGGGUCACAAGAAGCGCUGCUUGGAGACGUGGUAAUCGGCGAGGCCAUCGUUCAGUAUGGCUUUGGCAGACAAUACCCCGGCGACUUUGUUCCUAAAGGCACCGUUGAUGCCACCCAAAAUAUGCCAAACAAGGACAUCCGCACCCUGCUUGCCUACUACAAAUCCGAGAUGGGGAUGGAGGACCUACGGAAGAGCACCGCCAAACACUUGAGAGUUCUACAAGGGAUGGCAGAGGUGAGGCGUUACAGGCGACGCUACCGAUACCCGGGGUUCACUGAAGAUGAACUUUUCGUGGCAGUCUAUCGUCAUAGGCAUCAGAAUCAACCAUGUUGUGACGGACCUGAAACGUUCUGCGACCAAGCUGCACGAUCAUCAUGUGCAGAAGCGGGAUGCGAUGAGGAACAACUCGUCUCUCGACAGCGACUCGAAGCCAAGCGAUGCCUCGAGGUGGAGGAGGCGCAGUGUCCAGAAAUCUACAUUGGGCGCAUCGCGUCAGCAGAUACAGUCAUGAAGUCCGGAGUUCACCGGGACCAGAUCGCCAAACAACACAACAUCAUCGCUUUUGAGAUGGAAGGCGCUGGCCUCUGGGACGAGGCACCCUGUAUUGUCGUCAAGGGCAUUUGUGACUAUGCCGAUAGUCACAAAAAUAAGAUCUGGCAGCCCUUUGCAGCGGCAACGGCGGCAGCCGUGGUCAAAGCCAUGUUGGAACGGUAUGCUUCAACUGACGAUGUUGAGCUCCCUACUCCUAUCACUAGUAAGAUGAAGUCUUUUCCCAAUUACCGCAUGAUAUUAACACUGGAGUAA